AUGCCCUUGUGCGGAGGUUCUAAGACGGUCCAGCGCAAGCUGGUUCUCCUUGGCGAUGGCGCUUGCGGCAAGACUUCGCUGUUGAACGUCUUUACCAGAGGCUACUUCCCGACUGUCUACGAGCCCACCGUCUUCGAGAACUACGUCCACGACAUCUUCGUCGACAACGUCCACAUCGAGCUUUCGCUUUGGGAUACCGCCGGUCAGGAGGAGUUCGACCGCCUUCGCAGCCUGUCUUACGAUGACACCGAUCUCAUCAUGCUGUGCUACAGCGUCGACAGCAAGGACUCUCUCGAGAACGUCGAGAGCAAGUGGGUUGGCGAGAUCGCCGACAACUGCCCCGGCGUUAAGCUCGUCCUUGUCGCCCUCAAGUGCGAUCUUCGCGAGUCCGAUAACGAGGAGGAGGAGGCCGCCGAGGGCCAGCAGCGCGAGAAACGCCCCAUGAUCAACUACGAGCAGGGAUUGGAGGUUGCUCGUCGCAUCAACGCCCUCCGCUACCUCGAGUGCUCCGCCAUGCGCAACCGCGGCGUCAACGAGGCCUUCACCGAGGCCGCCCGCGUCGCCCUCAGCGUCAAGAAGGACCGCGAGGAGUCCAAGUGCGCCGUCAUGUAA